GGUGACGUCACGUCCUCUUCCUCCUCCUCAGCUAGGAGCUCUUCUGAAGAUGGCGGAGUGUGUACGUGUUCCCUUUCUCCUGCUCUUCGCGUUCAUCGCAUCGAAUGUGUGUUUGAUUCGCGGGGACAACGCGGGCUUCAAGGCCGUCGGUAAAGACGUUAUCAACCCGCCGGUGAGACCGGGUGCCGUUGGGGAGGCUGACCGGAGCCCGGUAGUCGGGGCCGGCGGCCCAGUGAGACAGGGCGGCCCGGCGGAGGCUGACCGGAGCCCGGUGAGACCAGGCGGCCCGGUGGAGGCUGACCGGAGCCCGGUAGUCGGGGCCUCGGCUCCCCGGCGGCGCUCCGCUCCCUGGAAGCUGGCCGAGGAGGCCGCCUGUCGGGACGACCUGAGCCGGCUCUGCCCCAAACACUCGUGGAACAACAACCUGGCCGUGCUUGAGUGUCUCCAGGACCGCAAAGAGGAAACUGAGAUCGCUGCUGACUGCAACCAUCUGCUCUGGAAUUACAAGCUGAACCUCACCACCGAUCCCAAGUUCGAGUCGGUGGCCGUCGAGGUCUGCAAGACCACCAUUUCAGAGAUCAAGGAGUGUGCUGCAGAAGAGCGAGGGAAGGGCUACCUGGUGUCCUGUCUGGUGGAUCACCGUGGAAACAUCAGUGAGUACCAGUGCAACCAGUACAUCACCAAGAUGACCAGCAUCGUGUUCAGCGACUACCACCUCAUCUGCGGCUUCAUGAACAAGUGUCGCGACGACAUCAACAGCCUGCACUGUGGCAGCAUCAACACGGGAGAGAAGGACCUCCACUCCCAGGGCGAGGUGAUCGAGUGCCUGGAGAAGGGGGUGGUGCAGGAGGCAGAGGGGGGAGUGGGGGUUGCCCCCAUCAGGGAGGACUGUAAGAAGGCCAUCCUCCGCGUGGCCGAGCUCUCCUCCGAUGACUUCCACCUCGACCGCUACCUCUACUUCUCCUGCAGGGACGACCGCGAGCGCUUCUGUGAGAACACCCCAGCUGGAGAGGGGAGGGUCUACAAGUGUCUCUUCAACCACAAGUUUGAGGAAGCGAUGUCUGAGCGGUGCCGAGAGGCCCUGACCACCCGUCAGAAGCUGAUCUCUCAGGACUACAAGGUGAGCUACUCUCUGGCGCGGGCCUGCAGGGCCGACCUCAAGAAGCAGCACUGCAGCGUGGAGACGCCGCGCGCCCGCGCCCGCGAGGCCCGGCUGUCCUACCUGCUGCUCUGCCUGGAGUCCUCGGUCCACAGGGGGCGGACGGUCAGCGGCGAGUGCCAGGGGGAGAUGCUGGACUACCGCCGGAUGCUGAUGGAGGACUUCUCUCUGAGCCCGGAGAUCGUGCUCCACUGCCGGGGGGAGAUCGAGGCCCACUGCUCGGGGCUGCACAGGAAGGGGCGCACGCUGCACUGCCUGAUGAAGGUGGGCCGCGGCGACCAGGCCGCCAUCGACGAGCAGUGCCAGAAGGCUCUCCAGACCCUGAUCCAGGAGGCGGACCCCGGGGCCGACUACCGCAUCGACCGGGCCCUCAACGAGGCCUGUGAGUCCGUCAUCCAGACCGCCUGCAAGCACAUCCGCAACGGAGACCCCAUGAUCCUGUCCUGCCUCAUGGAGCAUCUGUACACGGACAAGAUGGUGGAGGACUGUGAGAGCCGCCUGCUGGAGCUGCAGUACUUCAUCGCGCGUGACUGGAAGCUUGACCCCGUCCUUUAUAAGAAGUGCCAGGGCGACGCCUCCCGGCUGUGCCACACCCCCGGCUGGAACGACACCAGCGAGAUAAUGCCCCCGGGAGCCGUGUUCUCCUGCCUCUAUCGCCAUGCCAACCGCUCCGUGGACCAAGGCCGGAGGCUCUCCAGGGACUGUAAGGUGGAGGUGCAGAGGAUCCUCCGUCAGCGAGCGCUGGACGUGAGGCUGGACCCGGAGCUCCAGACGCGCUGCAUGACCGACCUCGGCAAGUGGUGCAGCGAGAAGAUCAACGCCGGACAGGAGCUGGACUGUCUUCAGGACCACCUGGAGGACCUUGUGGCAGAGUGUCGAGACACAGUGGGAGACCUGACCGAGCUCGAGUCGGAGGACAUCCAGAUUGAAGCUCUGCUGAUGAGGGCCUGUGAGCCGGUCAUACACGCCUACUGCCACGACGUGGCAGAUACCCAGCAGGACUCGGGGGAUCUGAUGGAGUGUCUGGUGCAGAACAAACACCAGAAGGAGAUGAAUGAGAAGUGUGCUGUGGGCGUCACUCACUUCCAGCUGAUCCAAAUCAAAGACUUUCGUUUCUCCUACAAGUUCAAGAUGGCCUGCAAGGAGGAUGUGCUCAAACUGUGCCCCAACAUCAAGAAGAAGGUGGAUGUGGUGCUCUGCCUCAGCACCCAAGUGAGGAACGACACCCUCCAGGAUGCGAAGGAGCAGAAGGUUUCAGUCAAGUGUCGAAAGCAGCUCCGUGUGGAGGAGCUGGAGAUGUCGGAGGAUAUCCGGUUGGAACCAGAACUGUACGAGUCGUGUAAACAAGACAUCCACAAACUGUGUCCCAAUGUUGCUUUCGGCAGUGCACAGGUGAAGGAGUGUCUGAAAGAGAAGAAGCGGCAGCUGUCUCCGAAGUGUCACCAGCGGGUCUUCAAGCUGCAGGAGGUGGAGAUGAUGGACCCAGAGCUGGACUACCAGCUCAUGAGGGUCUGCAGGAACAUGAUUCGGCGGUACUGCACGGACUCGGAGGGGAAGAGUGUUCUUCAGUGUCUGAAGCAGAACAAGAACGCAGAGCUAAUGGACCCCAAGUGUAAACAGCUGAUCACCAAGAGACAGAUCACCCAGAACACAGACUACAGGCUGAACCCGGUCCUGAAGAAGUCCUGUAAGGCGGACAUCCCCAAAUUCUGUCAGAGCAUCCUGAAGAAAGGGGGCGGCGACAGUGAGCUGGAGGGUCAGGUGAUCGCCUGCCUCAAGCUGAAGUACGCUGACCAGCGCUUGUCUCCGGACUGUGAGGACCAGAUCCGGGUGAUUCUGGAGGAGUCGGCGCUGGACUACAGACUGGACCCUCAGCUGCAGAUCCACUGCACCCCUGAGAUCGCGCGGCUGUGCUCGGAGGAGGCCGCGGCCCAGGAGCAGACCGGUCAGGUGGAGGAAUGUCUGAAGUUCAACCUCCUCAAGAUCAAACCAGAAGCCUGCAAAAAAGAAGUGCUGAACAUGCUGAAGGAGAGCAAGGCGGACAUCUUUGUUGACCCGGUGCUCCACACGGCCUGCGCCCUCGACAUCAAACACCAGUGUGCUGCCAUCCCGCCCGGCCACGGACGACAGAUGUCCUGCCUGCUGGAUUCCAUGCAGGACAAACGAGUCCGUUUGCAGCCAGAGUGUAAGAAGAGGCUUCAGGACCGCAUCGAUAUGUGGGGCUACGCUGCAAAGGUGGCGCCGGCUGACGGUUUCUCGGACCUGGCCAUGCAGGUGAUGACUUCACCGUCCAAGAACUACCUGCUGGCGUCCAUCGGGGGGGGCGUGGCCCUGCUCUUCGUCUUGGGUCUGCUCUGCGGCCGCAUCACCAAGAGACUGACGCAAGAGCUGAAGGACAGGUAGAGUGGGGACACGCCCACUCUCCUCCCACUGCCACCAAGCCACACCCCCUGCCUCCAACAAGCCACGCCCCACCUGGCUGAACUCACUGAGGGGAGGGGCUCCAUGUUGAAGCUGUUUAUUGGAACAGUUUAUGGCCGCCUCCUGGGUCUAAUCCCGCUUCUUCCUGCAAGAGCCACGCCCCUUCCUUACCUCUCCUCUUUGUUUCCUGUUGUGAUUGGACAUUAACUCCUCCCCGCCAGGGUAUUCCUCCAAUCGUGUGUGUGUGUGUGUGUGUGUGUGUGUGUGUGUGUGUGUGUGUGUGUGUGUGUGUGUGUGUGUGUGUGUGUGUGUGUGUGUGUGUGUGUGUGUGUGUGUGUGUGUGUGUGUGUGUGUGUGUGUGUGUGUGUGUGAGGUCUCGAGGGCCCUGUGACAUAACACCUAUUCCUGCUGUGAUUGGUUGACUAACAGUCAGGGGGCGGGGCCUCGAUGCUAAGGAAGCGAAGCGGCUCACUGUCGCACUCUGAUGACAUCAGUGACCCCUGCUGGCCUGAUCUGGUACGACCGCUCUGAUUGGUGCAUCAAGGCUGAGCAAGCAUCAACAGCAUCCAUGUUUCGGUUACCAUAGAGAUGAGAUGUGAACAUUUUGUUUAAAAUGAUGAUACUGGAAUCAUUGCACAUUUGUUGUUGUCUUUUUCUAUCUUUGAAUAUAUAUGUGUAUAUAUUUAUGUAUAUGUGUAUUUAUGCACAUAUAUAUAUAUAUAUAUAUACAUAUGUGUGUGUGUGUGUGUGUGUGUGUGUGUAUAUAUAUACACAUAUUUAUAUAUGUGUGUAUAUAUACAUAUAUUGUUUUUUCUGUCAUAGCCUUAUUUAUUUUGUUUACUAAUGGUGAAAGUCUUACAGAUCUGAUGUGAUUGGCUGGGCUGCUCCAGAGAGAGGGAUUGUGGGAGUUGGAGUCACGAAUGUGAAACCAAAGCGGAGAACAUUUCCUACUAUUAGAAACCACUUGAUUGACAAGGAGCCGCUCAACCAAUCACAGGAGACCUAAACAGCUUCUGCUCUGCGCCUGUUCAAAGUCUUCUCUCUGCCACACACACACACACACACACACACACACACACACACACACACACACACACACACACACACACACACACACACGUGUAUAUAUAUAUAUAUAUAUAUAUAUAUAUAUAUAUAUAUAUUACACAUACAGAAACACAUUUUGUUACAGCCUUACACCGUGUGUAUGUGAGCAGAUCCAUCCCAUAGUCUAGUUUGUCCUCGCUGGGCCCGCAGGGGUAUUGUCAUGGUAACGCUGCUGGGCUGCUUUGUGUACAGAUGAUAAAAUGUUUAAUAAAAUCUGCUGGUUUUUA